CAGAGAAGCAGCAGGUGAGGAUCGCUGCACUUCAAUGGCCUUUCCCACCAGGGUCUUUGUUGCAAUGUGGAGCUAAAGAGUGACGGCGACCUGUGCAUUUUAGUAUCUCGGAGAAAGGAGCGUGUGAUCGGCUCUUGCAUAAAAUGAUUGAAUCAACUAAUUUGCGCCAGCGAGGGUCUUUGGAUUUUGAAUCACAUUAUGAACAUUUGUGUGCACUCCAUGACCUGGUUCCGUUAAAAUCAGUGAAGGCAAACUUAUAUAGCGGUGUCCUGGAUAUUAACGGUGAUCGAAUCAAGCUGCCUGAGUGGACACCAAUUUUCAAUUCCAUCAGAAUUAACAGACAUUUAGCUUUUCUUGCAGUUAGGAGUUACUAUCAGCCUGGUCUCGGAGAAACAGGGAGCGAGAGACAUAAACAAUACAUCAGAAAGCGUAUGCCAGCUAUCCGUUCAAAAGGCUGCACACUUCAACUUUGUGCAUCAAUUAGAGACUGUCUGAUUGCUUCCAGUGCUUUAAAAUCCUUAGAGCUACAAGGAUUACCUUUGAGGCAUGGCGAUCUCACAACAUUAACAAAGGGCUUAUCCAGGACAAAGUCUCUGCAGAACAUUUCAUUGGCUUAUUGCCCGAUAGGCGAUGAAGGGCUGGAAAUAAUUUGUAAGAGCUUGAAGAAUUCUGCAACGAUUAAGACGAUUAACUUCACAGGCUGCAAUCUUACAUGGUGUGGUGCAGAACACAUUACCAAAGUUAUUAAGUAUCAAGCAACUAAAAGGCACAGUGAAGUUUGGGCAGAAAGUCUUCGUUACAGGCAUCCUGAUCUGGAUUGCAUGACUGGUUUGCGUCGUAUUACCAUGAAUUGUAACUCACUAAUUGGUGAUACUGGAGCUGUUGCUUUUGCAGAAGCCCUCAAAGAUGACUUAUGGCUAAAAGCGCUUGAUUUGCAACAGUGUGGCAUGUCUAAUGAAGGAGCCAAAGCUUUGCUCAAUAGCUUACAGUCUAGUACUACAUUAAUUGUUUUGGAUGUACGAAAAAACCCAUUAAUCGACCGCUCCUUAACAAAAUCCAUUAUUGAAAGGAUAUUACUGAAUGGAAAUGCAAUGAACUCUGAGUACAAAUGGCUGACUCUGACAUCCUCCAGAGAACCUUCCAAACAAAAGCAAAGAAGGAAAACUCUAAUGCUGGGGCAUGGUUUGAAAGGAAAAGCUACUAUUCGUAUAGGUACAAGGAAGUUUGCAGAGAAUGUUAAAAAGAGUGCUGCUGUUUCUUCAGAUUUUAUCCCAGAACCAAUGCGACCAGGUGCAGAGGGGUAUGUGCCUUGGCGUACUGCUGCACGUGCAAAUCGAUUCAGGAGUAUUCAUCAGGGCUCGCCUCACCAAAAUAAAGUGAUUCAGGCUCGGACCCCAGUGAAGGUAACAUUGGAGAGUGCAUCAUCUUCAGAUACUGAAGAAGCUACCUACACUCCUAAUCAACUGUUGCGAAUGACCGUUGUUGGAGAUUCAUCUGAAGCAAUCUCAGUGAAGCAGUAUAAGCGCAUAAAGGUUGAGCUAGAGGAAUGUAAUUUAAGACUGAAAGAAGAAAUGAGAGCACGAGCAAAGGCGGAUGCUCGAUUAAUAGAGCUUGAGAUUGAAAAUACACGCCUUCGGAACAUCAAUGUUUCACUCUCCGAUGCUCUGCAUUCACAAUCAAUAACAGGUACCAUUCUUGAGGAUGAAGGUGUACUAGAAAGCAUUGAAGCUUCGUUCCAGAAAUUUCAUGCUUUUUUAGACCUCUUAAAAGAUGCUGGCCUUGGGCAGUUGGCCACUAUUGCUGGAAUAGACCAAUCUGACUUUGGUUCUAUGGGACGACCUCGGUUGUCAUCUACAGUUGGAAAUGAUAAAACAAAAGAUAUCAUACACCCAGAGGCACCACCAGCCACACAGUUUCAUGCUGCAGAUCAAGCCACUGUGACGCAUUCUGAACCUGAAGUGAUUCCCAAUGGUUCCACAAGUCCGUCCAUUCAACUUGCAAAUCAAUCGGCUGACCUCAGCCACAAAAAUUUACAAUCUGCUUACUCAAACUUUGAGAGAGAAUCUGGGGAUAAAUUUCAGAAUUUAGAUGAACGAUAUAAUGAUAAAACAAGCAAGCAGCUUUCUUUGAGGAUGAAUGAUCAACAACAAGAACAAGCAACAACUCUGUUUUCAGGAAAAUUGAUGGAUCAUUCAGGAGAUGACGGGUCCAUUACAUCAGGCACGUGUGACACGCACAGUGAGAGGAAUCCUAACAGCAGAAAAUCGAAAGUUGUUAUGAAGAAAAGUAAAAAACAACGUCUUGCAAUAUUCAGUACAAGUGGCACUUCGAUGACAAUGGGAAGGAAUAAAAAUGAACAAGUAACUAACAAUGAAGAACUUUUACAAAGUGAAUUAAAGACAAAUAUCACUGAAAAAUUUCAUUCAAUUGAGGAAUUGCGUAAUAAGGCAGAUGGGGAUUUUUAAAUGCAAUUACCUUCCACUAUUUGAAAUUGAGUGAUCUAUUUAAGAAUUAUUACAUUUAUUGCUUUGGGCUAAUCAAGACAAUUUUUACAAUUAUAUAAUUCUGAUAAAAAUCAAAACCAGAUUUACAGCCAAUUAACUUGUAUGAAGAACAACAAAUAACUGACGAAAGGGCUAAAAUGUGUUGAAAUUUCUCGCCUGUGAGUAUGAUCCUGUGAAUAGUAUGAUAGGGAAAUAUCAGAAGCAAAUUGAAGUGGGGUUUAUUAUCCUCAAGAAUUAAAGAUAUUCAAAAAUGACUGAUUUUAAAUUUCCCACUUCCCCAAAAGUAGUUAAUGGCAUAAUGUAUAUUCCGUGGGGUUAAAGAAGAACUGAAUGUGUCAGGAUUAUAAUUGAAGAUUAUUACCAACUCCUUUGUGUCUUGUGCUGUCCCACCUUUUGGAAUCCCUUCUGAGAAAAUGAGGGUUGGUGGAUGGUGAGAACAACAGAAUUGGGCCCCAUGGUAAACUCUACUUCCCCACACAAUCCAUCAGAAGAUACCAUUAUUCUGCUGGGCUACAGAUUAAAAAUAAAAAUCCUUAGUAAACAUGCAUUCAUAUAACAAUAUGCAUUCAAUAAUGACUGCAGACAUAAAUUCCCAACGCGUCUUCAAACUUGAAUUACUUGAAGUAAGAAAUAAAUAAAGGGAUUUCUACUCCCUUAAUUCAUUUCUACUACUCCCUUAAUUCAUUUUUUUCCAUUAAUAAAAAGCUAGGUGUAACAUUUUUUAAAGUAUAUUUUUUAAGGUUCAUUAUUUUUUCCAAUGUUAAUCCUGUGCUUUGAUGAAGAUAUAGCUGUGCGUUCCUUGGGGUUAACUCCAGCUACAAUAAGUCACGUCUGAUUUGAAUGCUAAUUACUGGAUAGACAAAAACUAAUAAAAGUUUAUUAUAUUUAUUCUCAACUGUGGCUGCAGACUGUCAAUCAAAUUAUCAAUGGGGACAUAAUAUAAGCAAAAACGCUCAUUGAUUGUGAUCAAAUUGUCCUGCAAAGAGGUUUCUAAUAGCAUUAUAUACAUUUGUCUAUUCAUUUGUCAGCUCUUAAUUCAUCUCCAAAUGGAGUUCAUUAUCUAAUAUCUAAUCAGUUUUAUGCCGACCAAAUUGCCUACCUGAGCUGACGUUUAUUUGCUCUGAUAGCUAACACUAAUCCAGGCAACAUAUGGAUGAACCUAUCCUGCACCCUCUCCAAAUCGUUCACAUCCUUCCUGUAAGGGGGCGACCAAAACUGUAUGCAAUACUCCAAAUAUAGCCUGACCAGUGUUAUAUAAAGGUGUGACAUGAACUUACUACUUUUUUACUCAACAUCCUGACCGAUGAAGGCAAGUAUGCUGCAUACCUCCAUUACCCCCUAUCUACUUGUGUUGCUACUUUCGGGCAAUUAUAGACUUGUACCCCAAGAACCCCCUGUACCACCUGUACCCCAAAAACCCUCUGUAUCAUACCAAGAAUGCUCCAUCGUGUUUUGCCAUUUAUGCAUACUAUCCACUUAGAAUUGACCUCCCAAAGUGCAACAUCUCACGCUUGUCCAGACGAAACUCCAUCAGACAUUAGUUCACCUAUAUUUCCAAUUGAUCUGCAUGUUGCUAUAUUCUCUGGCAACCUUCAUCACGACACACAAUUACCUAUUCAUGUGUUAUUUACAAACUUAGUUUGCAUUCAACAUUGAUUUUCAUCCAAAUUGUAUAUAUUCCCAGCACUCAGCCCUGGAGAAAACCAUUGGUCACAGAACUUCAACCAGCCCAACACCCUUCCAUUACUACUCUUUGAUUUCGAAGGUAAGCCAGUUUUUAAUCCAAACGACCAAAUCACCAUGGAUCCCAUGCAUCUUAAUCUUCUGGAUGAGCCUACCAUGAGGGACAUAAAAUCCGUGUAGAUAACAUCCAUAGUCAUACCCUCUUCCAUCCCUUUAAUCACAUCAAAAAACUAAAAUCAUUCUGACCCACUGCGAACACAGGCAUGCUGAUUGUGCCUAAUAAUCCCAUUCUCUUCCAAAUGCGAUUAAAUCCUAUCCCAAAGAAUCCUCUGAGGCUCCUUGAUCUCUCAUUUCCUGUAUUAUCUCUAUUUUCCUUCUUAAACAAAUGAACAACAUUGGCUACUCUCCAGUCCUCUGGGACUUCAUCUAUGGUAAGAGAAAAUACAAAGAUUUCACCAAGACCUCUGCAAUCUUUUUCUUGCCCCUUUCAAUAAAUUGGGAUAGAUCCUAUCAUAUCAUGGAGAUUUAUCCACCUUAUUGCAUUUCAAGGGACCAGACACUACCCCCUUCUUGAUCUCAAACUACUGUAGCAUACCCCAUACAUAUCUCGCUAUCCCUGAUGUCCUACUCCUUGAUAAAUAAUGACACAAGGUACUCGUUUAGUACCUUGCCGACAUCCUCUGAUUCCAAGCAUAAAUUCCCUUCUUUAUCCUUGAGUUGCCCUAUCUUCUCUCUGGUUACACUCUUGUUUUUAAUGUUUGUAUAAAAAAGCUUUUGGAUUUUCUUUAAUCCAACUUGCAAAUGACAUUUUUGCCCCUUCUAAUUCCCUGCUUGUUUUAUAUUUCUCAAACGUUAUACUCUACAGGAAGUACACUGUUAGUUCACAAAAAGGUGAUAUUCAAUGGAAUAAAAACGUGCCAAGAAAUUAGUUAUAUCUGUUCAUCAUUUAUUACGAACUUAUAUUUUGAAUUCUCUCUCUACUGAUGACUAAUCAUAUUAAAAAAAUUAUGUAUGUGCUUUCUGUCUCAAUUUGAAAUCAUUUUUCAUGGUAAACUUUAUGAAUUCUUCACAGAUCAUUAUUUUAUGGCAAACUGCUGCCUCGCAGCUCCAGUGACCUUACCUUGGGUGCCAGCUGUGGAGAGUUCCUCCUUCUCUCCAUAAGUGUGUGGGUUUCCUUUAGAUCUUCAGGUUUCCAUCAGCAAAUUUACUAAUCAGCCCACCUACAUUUUUGUCCAAAUCAUAUCACAAGCAACAGAAGUCCUGGCACAGAUUCUUCUGGAACCUCACUAGUCGUAGACCUGCAUUUCCUGUAUUAUCUCUCAACAAUUACACUCUCUAUUUUAGGGCUAAACAAAUUUUGAAUCCAAUCAACCAAGUCACUGAGGAUCUCAUGUCUUACUCUUUAGAAUUAGCCUGUCAUGAGGGACCUUAUUAAAUACUUUAUUAAAACCGUGUAUACAACAUCGACAGCUAUUCUCUCAUCAAUUAUCAUUGUCACUCCUCAAAGAAAAUCAAAUCAGGUUUUUUUAGUCAUGACCUCCCUACACAAAGCCAGGCUGACUAUCCCCAAUAAAUCUGUGAAGAAAUCCUAUCCCUAAAAUACUUUACCAAUAAUUUCCCUAUCACUAAUGUAAAGCUCUCCGUUCUGAAAAGUGUUUGCUUAUCCCUUAAACAAAUAAAUUAGAUUGCCCCAGAAUAACAGUAUACUGCUUCUUUGUCUCACUUUGACUCCUCCAUGUCAUUCUCCUUGUUGAAUACCAAUGUGAAGUACUUGUUUAGUCCCUUGCUCACUUCUUCUGGCUCCAGGCAAAUUUUCCUCUUUGUACGUGAGUGGUCCUCUACCUCUCAUCUCCCUAAAUACCCUCUUGUUUUUAAUGUAUAAAAUGCUUCAGGAUGUUCCUAAAUCCUACUUGCCAAGAGCCGUUCGUGGCUCCUUUUCGCUCUUCUGAUUCCCUGUUCAAGUUUCCUUCUGUUUCCUAUAUAUUCCUCAAGGGCCUUGUACGAUUUCAGCGUCGUAAAAAUUACCUGUGCUUCCUUUUUCUUUUUGACUAAAUUCAUAACAAAUCUCUUCUUCCAAGGUUGCUGAAACUUGUCAUCCUUGUCUUUCUUCCUCAUAUGAAGGUAUUAGUCCUUAAUUCUGACUUGCUGGCGUUUAAAUGACUCCCACAUGUCAGAUAUGGACUUGCUAAAUAAUGGGUACUCCCAAUCUAUUCACUCUGACUCCUGCCUAAUUUUUAAUUAGCUCUCAAAUCCUGGACAUGUCUUGAAACUGAUGCAUUGGAGCGAGAGUUAUAGAAGUACAAUUAUAGAAUGUAUGCAGUCUUGUUAGAUAUACUGUUAGUAACCUGGAGUACUAGUGAAAUGAAAAAACAUUGUUGCAAAAAGAUGAAAUCCUGAAUUUAGAAGUCUUUGCUUUUUAAAAAUUUCUCUUGAAACUAUUGCCAACAACAUUGAAUGUUGACGCAUGGGGGUCAUUUCUGAGUAUGUAUCCAAUAGCAUUUGAGUAUUAAACAAUUGAGACCAA